AUGACCGUUCCACCGAGCAACCACCGUGCUCCGUGGCGCGAUCUCCUCGACUCCCACCUUGAAAAGACCCCCGACGACUAUUUUACCAUCGCAACAGUCAGCCACGAUACCCUGGGCCUUCCUGUCCCCCGUGUCCGAACCUGCGGCUGCCGGGGCUUCUUCCCCGAGCUCCAGCUCCACCCGAGCGGGCAAGAAGCUAUGGAUCAGCAGGUGGAAAAUGGGGGAAACCCGCCUGUCUACGAGAGUGAUAUGCUGACAUUCACUACGGAUGUCCGGAUGGAGAAGCUGGGCCAGCUGGACUCGACGGGGCAUAUGAUUGAGGCCAUGUUCUGGCUAAAGGACUUGAUGGUGCAGUGGCGAGUCAAGGGGAGAGCGUUUGCCAUUGGCAAUCCCAGUGUGGGUGCGGAAGAGGAGGGUGUGGCCCGAAAGGAAAUCGGCAGUGGCCUGCGGGUCAAAGGAGACUACGAUGGUGACCUCAACAGCGACACGGCGAAGUGGACGUGGGAGAAGGCAGUGACCAAGUAUUUUGCCAACCAUUCGCCCGUCAUGCGUGGCUCCUUCCGAAGCCCACCUCCUGGUCAGCCUCGGUCCCAUGUUCCCAGCGACCCGGCCUUGAGACUCGGCCAGAAGGUCGCCGACCUCCAGGACCCUGUUGCUCGCGGCAAUUUCAGGGUUGUGGUCAUUCAGCCCCAGGAAGUCGAGUACCUGGAUCUUUCAGACCUUGAUGAUGUCCGCAGACGCAAGUGGACGCUAGUGCACGACGGCCACAGGGGAGGGCAGCCUGGUGGAGAAUGGGUGGAAACCGAGAUUUGGCCAUGA